AUGGGAGAACCACAUUUAUUAUUAAAUUCAAUUAAAUCAAGAUACAAUAGAUUGUUGGAAUGUAAAUUUCAUACCAAUGUACAAGUACUACACAAAGAUGUACAUGUACUACAACAACACUUACAGUCAACUAUUAGUAAUAGUAACAGUCCUGCUUAUAUAGUCAGAUCACCUAUUCUACUAGAUAGUGAUGAUGAUAAUAGUGUCAUUGAUGGUGAAUUCAAUCCAAAUAUUGGUGGUGGAGAAGAUGAUGAAAGUGGAUACUAUUAUAGAUACUAUCAUGAUAGUAACUACUUGUCCAAUGUAAUAGAUUCAAAGUUUAAUCAAUUCUAUCAAACUGUUCUAUCAAAGGACGUUCAACAUCAACACCAACAUUCCAAAAAUAAUCUACUUGACAAUAAGAUUUACCCAACUCCAUUGGUAUUAUUUUCUCCAUCCUAUUUCUAUCAAUGUGAUAAUGGAUCUAAAAGAUCAUCGGUCAUUUCAAUACCAUCUCAUGUAUUAAAUAAUUACCAACAACAACAACAACAACAACAACAAAAUAAUAAUAAUAAUAAUAAUAACAUUGUUAAUAAUAAUACAAAUAAUAUAAUACAUGAUGUAAUAUAUUAUAGUGAUAGUGAUCAUCAAUUCCAUAAGGAGCCAUUUACAAUGAAUCAAAAUCUAUAUGAUUCAAUGGUUAAAUGGUCAAAUACCCAAAGAAAUAUGUUAAAGGAUCAUCAAUCAUCCGUAUCAUCCGUAUCUGGAUCAUCCAUCACAACAUCAACAUCAACAUCUUUUAAAAAAUUGGAUAUUCCAAGCAUCAACAAACCAAUUAAAAAUAACAAAGGAAAAAAGAAAACAAGAUCAAAAAGAGCAGGAAUUGUGAGUAAAAUAAGAGGAAAGAAAGGAAAGUCUGCCAUCAAACAACAAAGACAUUAUCUUGAAAGAGAAAUAGUUAAAUAUGAGUCUGGACAUCCGUUGAGAAGAAGUUGGAGUAGAUCUAAAUAUGUUUAUGGAGCUGCUGCUGCUCAGAGUGGUACAAUGAUGGAAGAUGCACAAUUGGAACAAAUUCAAAGUCAACUACAACAACAAGCCAUACCACAAAGUAAUUCACCUUACUCUUCAGAUGAUAGUUAUCGUGCCAGUUAUAAGGAAAGAUUUUGGAGAGGUGAAAAGGAUGUUACUGAUCCUUAUGAUCUAAGGUCAAGAUCUUAUUAUUGA